GUCCUUUAUUUGCACUCAUCCAAAAAUAGAAGCCAUUGCAAAUCAUCCGUAACUCCCACUCGUGGUAAGCAUCGAGGGAGACGAUGAGCACAGAGCAGAACGAGCUCAACGACGACCACCCACUCGUCCUUGAACUAUCCAGUCUAAGACAAACAGCCGCGAGAUUCCAGCAUGAAGCACAUCAAGCUGCGCUGAAACUCCAGCGUCAUGCACUAUCUACAGCUCACACAAAUGACCACUUACAUCUCCUCGAAUCCCGACAUUCUGUACUCGCGUCUGAGCUAGCUACCCUCCGCGCUCACCCCCUUCCCUCACCCCACUCUCAAUCCGAUACCCAUGUCGUCCAGGAACUCACUCUUGCCCUCAGACGCUCUUCUGAGAAACUCGACCUAACAGAACACGCUUUAGCGGAGAAGACAGCCGAACUCAUCAGCACCCGUAAUGAAGCCCAGAAAGCGCGACACGAUGCAGACGGCGCGUACAAGCUCGCCGCAAGUGCUCGAGCACGCGAAGAAGAAGGCAAAAUCCGUGAACGCGGCUUGUCUGCGCGUGUUCACGCCGCAGAGGAAGAACGCAGGCUCACAGAGCUCGUAGUGCGCGAAUAUGCCGAUCUCGUACGGAGUCUCGAUGGCAGGAAGAGCUCUCUUGGUAAUGGGAGUGCAUUACAAAACGGAUCAGCGUCCGCCUCUUCUCUCACCCUCGUCGAGGGUCUCCAUGAGGGUAAAUCAAGCUUACAUCGCCUCAUGAGCGAAUUUGCUUCCUUGAACGAGAAGCAUGAAACGACGAUUACCCAGCUCCGCAACGAGAUCGCGAACUUGGAGAGCACCCUCGAAGCAGAGCGUAAAUCUGCCUCUCAAGACCGUGCUCAACUCGCGAAAGCACAGUUAGAGCUCGAGAAACUAAAGCUGGACGAUACAACCGCAGCUAAGAUGGUUUCGCGAUACAUGAAAUUCUCCCAGUCGCAGACUAACGCUCUUCAGUCCACUCUUACGACUUUGCAAGCACGAAAUGCAGCCACCCAGCAUACUCUCCAAUCUACAAUCAACGAUAGCGAAGCACGGCUGCACUCUCAUAUGACCGAUAACGCACGUCUUCGCGACGCUUUAGAAGAACUAGGUGAAGAAGUCACCCGAGAAGCAUACGGCCGACGAAGGGAGAUUUCCCUGCGCCUUGCACUGCUCGCACGUGAAGAAGCGCUCGGCGAAGCUUUACGAAGAUGGGUUCGAAGAGCCCAGGAAGGAAUUCACCGCUGUACAGACGCAGAUAUACAGAUGUAUGCGACCUUUGAGCGUGCAGUGAAGGAUGCGGAGGGUCUUUUGAUGACGCUGGAUGCGGAAGUGGCUUUGGACGAUGGAAGCAAGGUUCCUGGUGUGCUUGGGAGGCUGAUUCUUGCCAAGGACGCCGUGAUGAGGAUGAGUGAGGAGGUUGGGGUUGAGGUGGGGAGAAGGGUCGCUGCCGAGCGAAGAUUCUCUUUAGGCGUGGAGCCUCUGGAUGAGGCUGUCCACGAACCGUCCGUUUCAGUCUCCGAAAAAUUAGACUCUGUCUCAGGACAGGCUCCCGUUGAUGUUGCAGAACAUCCCCAUACACAGGACGCAGAACUAACAACGGACGCAAACACUGAUAUCCCACAUACCCAGGAUGCAAAACCCUCUCCACAGACACCUACCCCUCUUCCAAGUCUCCCAGUAGAGGGACACAAGGACACCGAGGGUACACCCUCGCCUAAUCUCGAUCUCCCAGCAGAUGGACACCGAGACAUCGAGGGUACACCCUCGCCCGUUGUACGCGAUACCACGCCUGGAAAUUCCCGGUUGCUUCUCAUCGAUGAUUUACCCGUUGGCCCAAGUCAGUCGCCUGCGGUCUCAAUCCUCGAUCUGACGCAGACGCCCUCUGGGGAAGUGGCAAGUAUUUCGCUGCCGUCUGCCGAGCUGCGGACACCUUUGGCUUCCGUGGAUGAGGUGGCGAUAGAGCCUGAUUCAGGUGUCUUCUUUACACCAGCUGCUACAACGCUAGAAGUCAAAGCGGUCUCCCCAGCUGAUGAACCCAACAAUUCUACCGUCGACAUCAUCCCCCAACCACAACUCCCCGACGAAAUUUCGUCAUUGCUAAGCUCCCUCAACAAAGUCAACCACCGCUACGACGCCCUUCAACAUGCAUUCCGUGACUGCUCCCUCGCGCUCAAAGAUCUCAAACGCAUGCUCCCUCCCAUUGCCUCGACACCCUCCCCCUCUCCACACUCCCUUCUCCGUACCGUGCUAGAGCGCAUCUCAGACUACACCGAAGACGCUCGAGUCGAGCUCGAAAUCCGCAUCACAGACGAAUCACUCGCCAUCCGCGGCUUCGAAACCCUCCUCACAGUCCCAGGUGCUCUUUCCUCAGAUUCAGAUUCAGCCCUCGAAGAGACGCGGGCGUUUGUUGAUGGGACGCUUGAAAGCGUGUGUAAGGCGCGUGAGAGGCUUGAGGGGAAGCUUGGGGAUGUACAGCAUGAUGUAGCUGUUAUCAAGCGUGCUGUGCAUGAGCUCCAGCUUCACGACAACGACGAGAAGGGAGGAGAUGAGGGACUGGGACUGGGAGAGAAUAAAACCUGGUCUGGGUGGACAGCAGGCCUCCUCCCCCGCUCAUCUACACCCUCCCCAAGCCAGCCUACAUUCGGUUCAGUGAUGACUUCCCCGCAAUUAAGGCAUUCGCCGUCGAUGAUCACGAAGCAGCUUCCAUCGCUUGCAGGGCUAGAGUUGAGGAUUCCUAUGCCGUUAACUGCGGACCCACAUGUGCCUGUAUAUGCGGGGCUUGGGAUGGGAGCUGCGCCAGGAGUGGGAGUGGGACAGCGUCAGCGAACGAUAUCAAUGAUGUAUUCGUUGGGUAUUGGGUCUAGGGGGUCGUCGCUGGGCGUACCUGGGAUGUCGCCUGUGAAGGGCGGGGGAGGGAGGAGUCAGAAUAGGUUUGCGACGGCCCCGCUUUGGAACGGGACUGCGACUGGCAUUGGCCAGACACAGACACAGACACAGGGUCAGGGUGGUAAUGAAAGUGAUGUCGAGUGA